GAGGGCUACGGUAGACUUGACGAUGGGUCCUUGCGGACAGCAGCAAGGAACCCAUCAAGAGCAAUGCUCACCCCGUUCUGAGGAGGCGAGCUGCAUUGGUUCAACCAAAUAUCAUUAUUAGGAAGCUCACCGCUGUCCUUGCUCCUCUUGAUGUCCAGAGCCCAGUGUUGCCCAGAUCGAUUCGAGGUACUCGCCUUAUCACCUGCCAUAUCAAGAGACUUCCUCCUGGACCAUAGUUGCACGUACAGUUGUGGAGCGAGCGACACGACGGAUUAAGAAGGGAAGAACAGCUGGAAAUACUCGAAUCGGAAGUGUGAGGUAUCAUCCGUGGAGGCUACUUCCCAUUGAAGCAGUGUCAACAGUACCGGCACCGAACUCUGAGCUCCUGUGCGUUCAGUUGGGUCCUUCAGUUUUCUCCCCUUGCUCAACAUCUUUGUUACACCCCUCUGUCUUUACCACCUCACAACACAUCGCUGACACCUAGGAACUGUUCACCAUCAUCGUCUUUCCCCUCCUACACCAGUGGACCACAGUGAUGGAACUUGCUCUGCUCAUCCCCGUAAUAGCCAUCACUGCUGCUCAAGUUGAUGGCAAUCCAAACAAUUACAUCCUUAAGGACAAGGCCAACCGGAAGAUCUUCGAACGACGCAUCGUCAAAGAGCAAUUAUUGCAUCUAAAGGAUGUCGGUCAUCUGGAGGACGGCGUCCAGCCAAUUGCCGUGUUUGUCGUGGGUCAAACAGGAUCCGGAAAGACUCGUCUCGCCGCCGAUCUAUUUGAUGUGAUGCAAGGGCGUCAACCAGCACAUCUCAUCGCGGACGUCUACAAAGCCUAUCAUCCCGAAUACAUACACCUCAUCAAGAGCCAUCCUAAUAUAACAUGCGCUGCUACGAGCACGGAUGCCCGCAAAUGGCUCAUGUUAACAAGCAGGUGGUUGAUGCAGCGCCGAAUCGACGUCCUCAUCGAGAGUGCAUGCCGCACUCCUGACGACGUCAUAUCUCUGAUGUCAGACUUCCACCUUGCAAACUAUCGGAUCCUGGUAGUCAUAAUGGCCGUCCCCGAGUGCUUGAGCCUCAUGGGCACCAUCGUACGAUACUGGGAGAGGCGUCCAGAGGCAAAGUCUGUCAGACUCCCCCUAAGAGUAACGCCUUGGGAGGUUCACCACGAGACCUAUGAAGGAAUUCUGGCUGUUGCCAAUUUUAUCGACAACUCCACCGCCGUCUCGAACGUCGUGGUCGUACGCCGAAAUAACCUCGCCAGUUAUCAGAACCCUCGCGGGAUAGACGGGCUCUGGGUCCGCCCCGCGUCUACUCUCGCGUCGCUUGACCUAGAGAGGACCCGGCCACUUCUGGCCGCCGAGCACGAGAGCUUCGCCGCGGACUGCUUAUACGUCAGACAACAGCAGGCGAGGAAGCGGAAGGGCUGGAAGGGCUGGAAGUGGAAGAAGGGCAAGGAAAGCGUCACAGGAACGACUCUUGAAGGAGCGCAGGCCUCCCUUGCGGGUCUGAUGUCAAUAGAAGGUCAGUGGAGCACUUCGUUUCCUCUCCUGAAGCCGCUGGAUAUCGAGGAGUGGAUGUUUGGGGAAUGGGACAUCAACGAUGUCAAAUCCGGGACGCCGAUAUCGAAGGAAAGCGUACAGACCGUGGUGCCGCGGAUCAGCAUCCUGAAGGAGACUGCGAGGGUUCAGCACUGAAUUCGAUGCGGAAAAAUUGCUCUCAGUAUGAACAAGUAUUACUCAGAAUUACGCCGAUUACCC